CUGUGGCGCGGCCUCACCACCUCCUUGCUUGGCUCAUUCUUCGAUUCUGAAGAUGGAGGCGACAUAUUACUCCUAACAGUCCGUUGCCUUUCAGCAGACUACACGGCGUUAUAACCCAGAAGAUAGAACUCUCGAAAUCUUAUUAGUAGGGGGAUACAUGUAUCUAUUUCGCUGUAUAUUGGCGCUAUAACCUCUCUGAGAAACACUACACAUACCACACCGAAUCUUGAAACAAAUACGUUAACGUUACGGACCUUGCCGACAAUGAAAUUUCAUUGUCAGAUGCGGUCAGAUCUGUCAGAUGGCGUUAAAGUUAAUAAACAUUGAAGAUGGCGGAGGAGAGUGGUAGGGUUGUGAAAUGUAUGGAGGGUGUGGAUGAUGAAGAUGGAAAUAAAACAAAAACUUCGUCAAUUUUGCCUUGGGAUAGAUUUUCUAGUUGGAUUCAUUGUAUAUGUAUAGUUACUUUUGAUUUAGAGCUCGGUCAAGCGUUGGAGAUUAUAUAUCCCAGUCACAUAAAAUUAUCAGAACAAGAGAAGUCAAAUAUAUGCUACUUGGCUUUUCCGGAUUCAAACUCUGGGUGUAUGGGUGACACACAGUUCCAUGUAAGAAUAAGACAGUCACCAGGCAGAAAUGGCUUGCUUCCAGAACACCGGUUAUAUAACCAGAAAUGUCCUGUAUACCUUCAAGCAGAUCCUGGCUAUUACUAUGGAUAUGUUUAUUUCCGACAAGUCAAGGAUAAAUCUCUACCACGAGGAUAUUUUCAGAAGAGCAUUGUCAUCGUAACUCGACUCCCAUUUGUGAGUCUGUUCACUGAGGUAUGUGCUCUAAUUUCUCCAGAGUUUUUUGAUAAUGGUGAACCAAGUAUUGAAGCAGCCUGUCAUGACAUAGAUCAGUGGCCAAGUCCUACUCCAGGAGAAACUGUUAAUCUGCCACUUCUGGGGACUGUAUUACAGGCUCAUAUUCCAAGUCAUAGUAAUAAAGUGGGUCCUGUGACAGCACCAGGCUCUCCAUCUGAAAUGAAUCUCUCUCCAGUACCACCACCAACUGUAUUGUCCUCAGUGCAUGAGGUUCAUAUGUUUCAUUGCUUUUCACCUGUAAUUUCACAUGUUCACCUACUCUGGGAGUUGGUUCUCACUGCUGAACCAAUUGUAGUUAUGUCUGGUUCUCCUACAACUUGUUCCAGGAUGGUCCAAGCUCUAGUUAGCAUGAUUACUCCUUUGAUGUACUGUUCAGAUUUUCGGCCAUAUUUUACGAUUCAUGACAGUGAAUUUAAGGAAUAUACUACAAAGGCUCAUGCACCACCUCCAGUUAUUCUAGGGGUAACAAAUCCAUUCUUUGCAAAAACUUUGCAACAUUGGCCACACAUCAUUCGAAUAUGUGAUGCUCCACAUAUAUCAGCUACCCAAAAGCACAAACUAAAGAAGGGUGGAAAUUUAAAAAUGUUAGAUUCAAAACCUGGUGUGUACACAUACUACCACCCAUUUCUGCAGAAGGACAAAACUAUAUUGAAGAAACUGUUGAAGGGUGUUCAAAUGAAAAGACCAGGAGAAGUCCAGUCAGCACUGCUUCGAAGACAUCUUCUGGAGUUGACACAGAGCUUCAUGAUUCCACUAGAAAGGUAUAUGGCUAGCCUUAUGCCACUGCAGAAGAAUAUUUCUCCGUAUAAAGCAGCUCCAGCACCACAUCCGUUUAAUCCGGAUGACUUCCUCUCUACAUUGGGAACCUCAGGUCCACAACUCACUUCAGGAAUUAAAGGUGAUUGGGUAGGAUUAUAUCGUCGUUUCUUCCGGUCACCAAACUUCAGUGGGUGGUUCAAUGCCCGCUAUCGAGAAGUAAGCCAGAAGCUACAGGCCCUUCAGUUGGAAGCUUUAUCUGAUGCUGUAAGUGAAACUUCACCAACAAUGCAAUGUGGAUCUGAAAGUAUGGGUUCAAGGGAAACAGGAAGUGGAAGUUGUGGACAUGAUAUUGAGAAUACGUCACAAACUGGAGCAAAGCGAAACAAACGAAUUACCCCUGAGCAGUUCAACAAAAGAUCAGCUACGUCUUCGAAUGGCCGAUAUAAUUUGUACUCUUCCAGACGAUCUCAGAACAGUACUGAAGACCAGCUGAUGACAUCUUUUCUUGACAGGACACCCUAUGAACUUGGCUGUGACUGUCAAGUGUGUCAUCAGUUUGGACAUUUCUGCAACUGUUGGCAUCUGCUUUAGUCCUCAAGAGUUACUUUCCCUACCCUUGGUGUGAUGUGGUAGGCAUCAGUCACAAAGCAGUAAUGAUUAGGACAGAAGAAAGUUGCACAGUAUGUAAGCAGAAGUGUUGUUAAUCACUGUGUUACACAGAUGUGCCUUAAGUCCUGAAAACUGGCUUGUCAUACGUGCAAAGACAUAAUGUGUUAUCAGUUUUAAGUCUGAUAACACUGCAGCCAUUGCUGCAGUAAUUUUUUGUUUUAAAUUAAUUUAUCGCUCUGGCAUGAGAAACACUAGUACAAAUUAGAGUAUAAGAGAAUUGUGUAGUCUGUAAAUUUUAACUGGAAUAACAUACAUUCAUUUUAUGUAAGAAUAUCUAUGUCUUAUAGCCAGAUUAUUUUAAUAGCUGUAAAUUAUAUUCAUAAUAUUAAGGCUUAUUUCUGUCUCACAUUGAGACAUGAAUGAUAUGAUACUUAACAACAUGACUUUUAUGUUUUAUAUGUUAUUUAUUUUUUUGGAGUCAGAUGUUCUCGAUUCUAAAGUAUUGUACAUUAGACAGUUAUUGCUUCCAGUUAUCUAUCACCAGUUUGCAUCAACCACACUGUCUAACAAACCAAAUAAUUCACCUUAUGUGGAGUGCAUCAUUCUCAUAUGCAUUCAAAAGAGUAUGAAUCUAAUGAUACUUUAUAUGCUCCUGUAAUUUUAUGUUGUCAUUUUUGUUUUCAAUCUCAGUAUGAAAAUGAGUUAAUACAUAACACAUUAAUCUCUUCCUUUUUUGUUGUCAACAAAAUAUUUCUCAUUUCCUCCACAAGUCAUAAAGCUAAAGCAUGGGAUGUACACUAUAGGAUCACUUAAUCCUCCAUGCAAGUGAGCUAACAGUUAAUAUAAUAGUCUCUUCCUUCUCAGUUAUUCACAUAACAUUUAUAAUUUAUUCACAAGUCAUAAAGCUAAAACAUGGGAUGUAAACUGUAGCAUCACUUAGUCCACCAUGCAGGCAGUCAAUGAGAAGCUUAACUUCAUAAAGGAAUCCAAAAUAUGAGAUACGAGGGAUAUCCGGAAAGUAAAGCUACAAGUUCAGUAAAAAUGCAAGUGACUUUUUUUUUUUGGAGAAAUGGCAGUGCUGCCAUGUGAGAUAGGAACAGUAUGACAGGGCUGAGUUCACCGGCCACAGUUAUGGCAAUUUUGUUCUUGCAGUGUGUGUUUAAAAUGGCCAUGUCGAUUCAGAAUCCCACCAGAUGUGAGGCUCAUGCAGUAAUUCGAUUUCUUCAUGUGAAAGGAAAUACUGCUGCUGUAAUUCAUCGCCACCUUAUUUCCUUUUAUGGCGAAGAUGUGAACAGGCAGAAUGUGGCAAGAUGGUAUUGUCAGUUUGAAGUGAGGAGGAGUGAUGUUCAUGAUGAAAUAAGGAGUGGCAGACCAUCCGUUGUCACUGAUGAAAUCAUCCAAAAAAAUGAUGAAAACAUUUGUGCUGAUAGACGUUUAACCAUCGAUGAACUUCAUCUACAAUGUCCAGAAAUGGCAAGAACUGUUCUCUCUGGCUAAGAGAGCAGGUGGGAGAUUUCUAUGAUGCUGGAAUAAAAAAACUUGUUCCCAGGCUCACUAAGUGCAUUGUGAUCCAUGGUGACUGUGUUGAAAAGUCAAUAAAGGUGUGUUGUAAAAGUGCUACAUGUGAAUCAAAGAAAAUGCUUUACAAAUAUUUUUGUAACUUUGUAUC